AACUGGCAUUAUAUCUAAGUGUAGUUAAUGAUGACUGUUUGUGUUCACAGCUGAUUGCCCCCUGCCUUCCGUUACAGAAAAAGGAAAUAUUUAUUUAAUAAACCGAGUUUAAAAAAUCUUACAAGGCAUGUGGGUUUUCGGUUACGGAUCCUUGAUCUGGAAAGUGGAUUUUCCUUUCGAGGAGAAACAGGUCGGUUAUAUCACCGGUUACAGCAGGAGAUUCUGGCAGGGCAGCACAGAUCACCGCGGAGUUCCGGGCAAGCCUGGAAGAGUGGUAACAUUGGUGGAAAAUCCUGAGGGAUGCGUCUGGGGCGUGGCUUACAAGCUGCCGUCUGGGAGGGAGCAGGAGGUGAAGGAGUAUCUUGAUUAUAGGGAAAAGGGAGGAUACAGGGUAACAACGGUGACCUUUUAUCCCAAGCAGCCACCUGCACAGCCCCUGCACACACUGCUCUACAUCGGGAGCUGUGACAAUCCUAACUACCUGGGCCCAGCACCACUGGAGCACAUUGCCCAGCAGAUUCUAUGUGCUGUAGGGCCCAGUGGGAGGAACACCGAGUACCUCUUUGAACUGGCCAACGCUGUUCGGGACCUGGUGCCUGAGGACUCUGAUGAGCACCUCUUUUCCCUGGAGAAAUUAGUCAAGGGUCUCCUGAAGGAGAGGGGAGGCUAAGUGUUUCCAAACUGCUUCCUGCCAUUCAGCACCCGCGGUACAAACUAUGAUGUACUUGAAUCAGACGGGACAGGAUGUCGAACACUACCUACAGUUUACCUACAAGUUCUUUGUGUCCAAAACGAAUUCCAAAAACUUACAUUCAGCAAAAAUGUUAUCGAUACCAAACAAAAACUCUGUAGUCCAUGGUCAUGAGAGAGAACACUCUGAAAUUGAAUGUCCUUUGAUGUAACUAUACAUGUCCAUUUGUAUACUGUAAAAAAAUAAUAAAUAAUUUAAAUGUG